UGGCGACCGAGAUGUUGUAUACCUGAUGGACUGCCUUGCUGCAACUGAUGUUAUUCUUAAGCAUGGACAACCACCAGUAUUCAGGAAUGUGGAUCUUCUUUCAAAAGAGAUGAUACUGGCACCAUAUGUCACAAGACAGCACUGGCAAAUGUUUGUGGUAUACCCCAAAAAUUAUGAGAUUGUAUAUAUAAACCUAAUGGGUGAAGAUACAUCACAUCAGAGUAAAGAGGCAGUUUUGUCAACUUGGCAGAGAAUACUGAGCAGAUGUAAAAUGGGUCUACUCAACAAGGACACCCUUCAGAAGAGAUGGAAGCUGACAACAGUAAAACAUCAAUUACAACAAGACUCCACAAGCUGUGGAAUAUAUGUGAUGAAGUUUGACUUUCUGCUUGAUGGGGAGAACAUGAGCACCCCAUUUGAUACAGUUGAGACCAGAAUACACACAGCAUCCCAUUUGAUACAGUUGAGACCAGAAUACACACAGCAUCCCAUUUGAUACAGUUGAGACCAGAAUACACACAGCAUCCCAUUUGAUACAGUUGAGACCAGAAUACACACAGCAUCCCAUUUGAUACAGUUGAGACCAGAAUACACACAGCAUCCCAUUUGAUACAGUUGAGACCAGAAUACACACAGCAUCCCAUUUGAUACAGUUGAGACCA